GUUUUAUCUAAUGCACGACAUGUGUGUUUAGUCUGGUGGAGAUGGCAGCCAAGAGCAUCCAUCAGGAGCUGCAGCGCGGGAAGAGUCAGGAGGAUGCCUGGAAUGGUAGCGCCAUCGAGCUGGUCCGAGCCUCAGAUGCCCACUGUCACUACGUUGUAGUGAAGGUCUUCAGUGAGAAGCUGGGGGAGGUCGGGGACACAGCGAUACACUCUGUGCUGUCCACCCUGGCUCUUCUCUAUGCCAUGCAUGGGAUCGCAGAGAACUCCGGAGACUUCCUGCUAGCUGGACUGCUGAGCGCACCUCAGGUUUUACAGAUUUCCGUCCGUAUCAAAGAGCUCCUGUCUCAGCUGAGGCCCAACGCCGUGGCGCUGGUGGACGCCUUUGACAUCCACGACAAGAAGCUGAAUUCUGUUCUGGGACGCUUUGAUGGAAACGUCUACGAGAACAUGUUCGAGUGGGCUCGUCGCUCGCCUCUUAAUGCCACAGAGGUCCAUGAAUCCUUCCACAAAUACCUGAAGCCUCUGAGAGCCAAACUGUGAGCUGGUGGAUGGACAAGGGCUGCUGGCUGGAACACUAACCCUGCACACAUUUUACAGAAAAUAAGAAAUGGGCAGAAUUAGUGAGAAAUGUAGCCCCCCCCCCUUUCCUCUCAUGAGGUGAAGUUCAUCACGAUCAGCUGAUAUACAUCCCACCUGUAGAGCCGUAGCGACUUAGUGGAGGUCAGACACACUUAAUAAACACAUUUCAGUGACAAACAUAGAAACAAAUGCUAAAUUAUUGUUUGAUUAGAUAAAGUUUGACUUCACAGAAAUAACAACCGAUACAACAGGAAAACCACAAUGGCUGCAGAUGUUCUGUGAACUAAAUAUCCAUUAAAUUUAUAUUUAGUCUCA